AUGGUGAAUUUUUCGUUUCUAGGAUCGCGCAAUGCUCAACUCCUCAAAUCGCAGCGCAUUGCCGAUCAAAUUUGCAAAGAAAUCGUUGGCUUCAUUGGUUCUAUCUUUCUUAUUUUGAUGUCCAUGUCGGGCUGCUACCUGAUGCUUCGGAUGGUGGCUAGAAGAGCGUCUGAGUCGACUACAAACGUAAAUUUCCCUGUUUCAAUGAUGAUGCAGACAACAAGACAAAUGGAAUGCAUACAGAGCCCGUUCUCGAGUCCUUGCGCAUCUUUCACGUACGAGAAUGUUCUUAGUUUCCUGAAUAAAACUACAGCAGACAAUGACGAGUGUAGAAGCGCCUCCAUUUUCACCUGGCCCGAUUGCUUGAACUGA